GAGUUGGAACCAGACGUGGGCUGCAUUUUGACCUGCAUUUUUGGCCCUGUGUGUGAAAAUGAACACAACGAGGUUUGCGUGCGCGUGCAAAAGGGCCAAGAGAUUCCGAUCACUGACAUCCUGCACAGCUUGGUUGGUCCUAAAAACGAUAAAUUUAUAGGGAAGCCAAAACUUCUGUUUGUUGUUAACGUGGAAGCACCUCAAACGGACAGUAUCUCAUUGCACACGAAAAAUUUACAAGUCUCUGCAACCAACCACAGUGGCUGGCUAAUUUUGAUUUUAAAAUACGAUGAUGCACUACAAAAGUUUAAUGAAAAGUUGGAAAAAAUCGGUGAGAAAAGCCUACAAGAACUUCUGGAGAAUCUGAUAACUUGUGAGUCAAAUAGAGAAGAUGUGGUUCUUCUCAAUUCCACUUUGCAGUAUCUCAUCAAAUUUCCUAAUUGGCCAAGAGCAUUUGUCAAACCCCAUUUGAAAAUUAAAAUGAAAAAAAUACCCCGUGAACAAAUUUAUAAAAAUUCAUCGGAACCACUUAUAGAGGAAAAGAUCGAUUUUGAUACAUUGACUAAAGAGGCCAAACGAUUGUUUGAGGAAAACAAGAAAUCAAUUGAAAGUCUUCUUCAGACAAUGAGUCUUCAAGAAAAACUACAAAUUCCAAGUGAAAUUGAACCCUCGAAAAAGUUGAAUCUCGUCAAAGACUUAGAAGCUGUUUCUACAGUGAGAAAUUCAGCUGAAGCGAGCAUUUUAUGGUUAUUUAAUUCUGUUGCUGGAGCAGGUAAAUCGACCGUUCUGAAAGAAAUGGCGCGCCAACUAACCAAACAUGAUGGAGGUUUUAAGGUACUGCUGAUUCCUCUUAAAAAAUAUUAUCGAUAUUUACUUAAUAUGCCUGCAUCGAAAGUAAAUGAAAUCGAAUUCCUCGCAAACACAACCUGCAAUUCUAAUGACGAUAUUAAGAACUGGAUUGAGAAGAGAGAAACUAUUGUUUUCCUUGACGGAUUUGACGAAGUGUGUCCAGAUUUCAGAGAAAAAAUCAUCAAAAUUUUGAUUGCGUUAAAUCAAGCAAGAGUCCCACUCAUUAUAGGGACCAGGCCUCACGAAGUGCACCACAUUCAAGACAGGAUACAAAAAUCUAUGAUAGUUGAGAUUGAACCACUUGAUGAAGCAAAGCAAAUCGAGUUUCUGGAGAAAGUUGCCCGAAAGAGUCCACAGGAAAUCGCACAAUUGAGGAAAAUCUUCAAAGACCAAGACAUUCUGGGAAACCCACUCUACCUCUCCUUGUUGGCCGAGUACAGCGGUGAUGGAAACUUGUACGACAUCUUUGACAAAAUAGUGCGGCACAAAGUGAAAAUUUGUUUGGUUAGAGAAAAUGGAGGCAAAGAUGUUGGAGAAGAGAUGAUUGACAAAGAACUGAAAUUCAUACAACUGGUGGCCUCUCGUUUCGUAAGAGGAGUGAAGAUUGACCAAGGCAGUGUUACAAAGGAAGCAUUGGAAAAGAUGAACGCUUUUGGAGUUGUGACACAUUGCAAUGACAGAGUCAAUUUCACCCACCAAACGUUUGCAGAAUUUCUUACCUCACAAAAAUUUAUUGAGGACUUAAAAAAUCCAGUAGAUGAGGAAGUGCCCUUGUUCAACGAAGAACUAGUACAGUGCAGGAAGUUCGUUGACCUAUUCCUUUCAACGGAGAAGGGGAAGGACGCGUCCUACACUGAUGCUUUUGCGGAUUGGGCCAUAUCAAACCCUUUGAAAUUAGUCAAACUUAUUUGUCGAGAGAAUUUGCGACAAAUGUUCAACUUGCUCAAUCCCGAUCUCUCAUUAAAAGAUGAAGACGGUAAAAACGCUUUGCACUUCGCUUUGCGGCACCUUGAAAUGGUCAAGAUGGUGCACGAAAGAAACAGCAGGUUGGCAACCGAAACAACAAACGAUGGAGAAAAUUGUCUCCACCUAGCGAUUAUUGACGAAGAAUGCAGCGAGGAAGUUGCUAUUUGGCUCUUAAAAAACACUGAUGUUGACAAAAACGCUGAAACAAUUUUUGAGCACACACCGCUGUUGUUAGCUGGUGAAACAGAUAAAUGGGAAGUGGCACAACAUCUUAUAUUCGCCGAUGAUGAAGCUAUCAAAACUGUUAAAACUGGAGUGUCAAUUUUGCCUUAUUUCAUCCUGGGAAACAAAUUAGAUUUGGUGAAAGCACUCAUUGAUAGGGGCUCCGAUGUCAAUUUCAAAAAUGAUGACGGACGCACAGCUCUUCAUCUAGCUGCUCGAUGGAAUGAAAACCCAGAAAUAGCGGACAUUUUGCUUGAAAGUGGUGCGAAAGAAAACGCACAAGACAAUUGCAAAUGGACCGCACUGCAUUUCGCCGCUAAAUAUAACAAAACUCCAGGGAUCGUCUUAAAACUGCUCGAAAAUGGCGCUGAUGUUGAUAUACAAGAUGACGUUGGAUGUACAGCACUCCAUCUAGCUGCAAGGUGGAAUAAAAACCCACAAAUUUUGAAUACUUUGCUUGAAAAAUGUUCUAAAGUAAACGCACAAGACAGAGAUAAAAUGACCGCACUGCAUACGGCCGUUGAAACAAACCCAAAUGUAGAGGUGAUCCAAACACUGCUCGAAAACGGCGCCGACGUUCAUUUACAAAAUAUAUAUGGAUCUACAGCCCUUCACCUAGCUGCCAGGAAUAGAAACCCAGAAAUUGUGAAAAUUUUUCUUCAAAAAGGAGCCAAAGUAAACGCACAAGACAAUAAAAAACAAACUGCUCUGCAUUACACAGUCGAUUCAUUUGACCCAGCUACAGCAGUAGUCCGAGAGCUGCUCGAAAACGGUGCCGACCUUGAUUUACAAGAUAAGGAUGGAUUCACAGCACUUCACCUAGCAGCUAUGUCAAAUGAAAACCCAGAAAUGGUGAAGAUUUUACUUGACAAAGGUGCUAAAGUAAACGCAACAAACAAAGAUAAAUGUACCGUACUGCAUUACGCCGCAAGACAUUACCCAGUUUCAGAAAUUAUCCAAAAAAUGCUCGAAAAUGGCGCCGACAUUCAUUUACAAAACAGUGAUGGAAAUACAGUCCUUCACCUAGCUGCUGGGUUUAAUCGAAACCCAGAAAUAGUGAAAAUUUUACUAGAAAAAGGCGCCAAAGUUAACGUACAAAACCAUAAUAAAUGGACUGCUCUGCAUUACGCCGCUAGAUAUAGUUCAUCCAGAGAAGUGUUUCAAAAACUGCUCGAAAACGGCGCCGACGUUGAUUCACAAACUAAAGGACGAAAAUCAGCCCUUCACCUAGCUGCUGAAUGGACUGAAAACCCAGAACUAGUGCAAAUUUUGCUUGAGAAUGGUGCCAAAGUUAACGUACAAAACAAUGACAACUGGACCGCACUGCAUUUUGCCGCUAGAUAUAACCCAGAUUCAAAAAUCAUCCAAAUGCUGCUCGCAAACGGCGCCGACGUUCAUUCAAAAAAUAAAGAUGGAUACACAGCCCUUUACCUAGCUGCUGGGUGGAAUACAAACCCUGAAAUAGUGAAAAAUAUGCUUGAAAAUGGCGCCAAAGUAAACGCACAAAACAAUGAUAAAUGUACCGCACUGCAUUUGGCCGCUGAAAAGAACUCAAAUGCAGAGGUGAUCCAAAUACUACUCGAAAACGGCGCCGACGUUCAAUCACAAAAUAUUUAUGGAAAUACAGCCCUUCAUCAAACUGCCGGGUUGAAUAGAAACCCAGAAAUAGUGAAAAUUUUACUAGAAAAAGGCGCCAAAGUUAACGUACAAAACCAUAAUAAAUGGACUGCUCUGCAUUACACGGUCGAUUCAUUUGACCCAGCUACAGCAGUAGUGCAAGAGCUGCUCGAAAACGGUAUCGACGUUGAUUUACAAGAUAAGGAUGGAUUCACAGCACUUCACCUAGCUGCUAGGAGGAAUAAGAACUCAAUAAUAGUGAAAAUGUUGCUAGAAAAUGGUGCCAAAAUAAACGCCGAAAGCAAUGAUAAAUGUACCGCACUGCAUUUGGCCGCUAGAUAUAACCCAGCUGGAGAAAUUGUCCAAAAGCUGCUUGAAAAUGGCGCCGACGUUGAUUCGCUAAAUCAACAAGGAGAAUCAGCCCUUCACUUAGCUGCUUGGUAUAAUACAAGCCCUGAAAUAGUGAACCUUUUGCUUGAACAAGGUGCCGAAGUAAACGCACAAGACAAUUAUAAAUGGACCGCACUGCAUUUCGCUGCUAGAUUUAACCCAGCUUCGGAAAUCGUCCAAACUUUGAUCGAAAACGGCUCCGACGUUGAUUCACACACUAGUGGAGGAAAAGCAGCCCUUCACCUAGCUGCUCAGCAUAAUAUAAACCCUGAAAUAGUGAAAAUAUUGCUUGAAAAUGGUUCUGAUGUUAACGCACAAGAAAAUGACGGUUGGACAGCACUGCAUUUCGCUGUCAGAUUCAACCAAGCUCCAGAAAUUGUACAAAUGCUGAUUCAACACGGCGCCGACGUUCGUUUACAAAAUAAAGAUGGAUACACAGCCUUUUACCUAGCUGCUGGGUACAACACAAACCCUGAAAUAGUGAAAAUCAUACUUGAAAAUGGUGCCAACUUAAAUGCAGGAGACAAUGGUGAAUGGACCGCACUACUGCAUUACGCUGCUACACACAACCGACGUCCUGAAGUGGUCCAAAUGCUGCUUGAUAAGGGCGCCUUGAUAAAUGAAAAAAAUAGUAAAGGAGAGACUGCUUUAUUUCUCGCGGCUAAGCACAAUUGUGAGGAAAAAGUGGUUCAAAUUCUGCUCGACAAUGGAGCCGCAGUAAACAAAAAGAUAUUGAAUGACAAAGAAUGCGCUGCUGUAUUACGUCAAAUGAAAAUCAACGGGGAAAUUUUAAAAAAACUAACCAAAAACGAUCGAAAAGACUGUUGUUUAAUUUGAUGGUGAAAAAAGGGCGCAGAUAAAGUAAACGAGACAAAAGUUGGGGAUUGCUAUCUUUAUUACGUUACAAUUAAUUAUUGCAAAGCAGUGACUUUUGGUUAGAAUGCUGCAAUUUUACAUCAGAAACACACAGGCCUGAUAAGUAAGUUUUCAAUUGUAAAAAUUAAUAGAUCCGUGCAUGCUGUGUAAAUUAAAGUAUUGAUGGACCAAUUUUGAGUGUAGGAUGGCAUUAAGAAAUAAAUGUACAGUUAAUUAACAGUCUCCAUCUGUUAAUAGAACAAUAAGUAGUUGCUUUGUAACAUGUAUUUGUAAAUGAGUUGCUGUUAGCUUUAUAUAGUUUUUACUGUAUCAAAGGUUUUGUUAAAUAUUUUGUAUUUAUGUAUAUGGAAUAAAAAUGUAUUCAUGCUGGUAUGUUGUAAAGUAAAGUUUUUUCAAACAUUGAAUAGAAUUUUUCAAUUUUUGGUUAAACUCUUAGAAUGUAUUAGAGUGAAAAUUGUUGUGAAUAAUCUGAUUGACCCUUUCGAGUGGAAGUAGUCCAGUGGAAUGAAUAAAAUAAUAUAGUUUCCUUCUAUAAA